UCAAAUUUUGGCAUGGUUGAUCUUUACAAGACCGUAUAAAAUAAAACCAUUUUCGUAAAAUUAUUAUGAUAAUGGAGUGGAAACCUGAACAAGAAGGAUUGAGACAAAUUCUUACACUUCUUAAGGAGUCCCAAUCACCAAACACUGCCACCCAAAGAGCAGUUCAACAAAAAUUGGAAGAAUUGAACAAGUAUCCCGAUUUUAAUAACUACUUAAUUUUCGUCUUGACAAAAUUGGUGUCUGAAGAGGAGCCAACAAGGUCCUUGAGCGGUCUUAUUUUGAAGAACAAUGUCAAGGCGCGUUACAAUGCCUUUUUGCCCGAAGUUGCGGAGUUUAUCAAGCGGGAAUGUCUAUCGGCAGUCGGAGACCCCUCACCGUUAAUCCGGGCCACUGUUGGUAUCAUUAUUACAACCAUUGCUAGUAAAGGUGAACUUACUUCGUGGCCAGAACUUUUGCCAGCAUUAUGUUCAAUGCUUGACUCUCAGGACUACAACGUAUGCGAGGGAGCAUUUGGAGCUUUACAGAAGAUUUGUGAAGACACAGCAGAGUUAUUGGACAGUGAUGCCCUCAAUAGACCAUUAAAUGUGUUGAUACCUAAAUUUUUACAAUUCUUUCGUCACUCAUCACCUAAGAUAAGAUGUCAUGCAAUUGCUUGUGUCAACUAUUUCAUUAUGGGCAGAACACAAGCUCUAAUGUUACACAUUGAUUCUUUCAUAGAGAACUUAUUUCACUUAGCAGCAGAUGAAGAUCCAGAUGUUAGAAAAAAUGUGUGCCAUGCUCUGGUGUUGUUAUUAGAAGUGCGUCUGGAUAGACUCAUUCCUCAUUUACCAAGCAUUAUUGAGUACAUGCUAAUGCGCACACAAGAUUCUGAAGAAGGAGUAGCAUUAGAAGCUUGUGAAUUUUGGUUAACGCUAGCAGAACAAAACGUAUGCAGAGAGGUGCUGGGUCCACGGCUUCCAGCCCUACUACCGGUACUGGUGCGCGGCAUGCGCUACUCGGAGAUGGACGUGAUCCUUCUGCGAGGCGACCGUGACGACGACGCCGACGACGCAGAGCCCGACCGCGAGUCCGACAUCCGCCCGCGCUUCCACAAACCACGCUCGCACACCAUCAAACAUAACGCGGGCGCGGGCGACAGCAACAUGUCGGGCGGCGGCGAGUCUGACGACGAGGAGGAAGGCGGGGACGACGACGGCUCGCUGUCGGACUGGAACUUGCGCAAGUGCAGCGCUGCCGCGCUCGACGUACUCGCCAACGUGUUCGGCGCAGACCUGCUGCCCGUGCUCUUCCCCAUCCUCAAGGAGACAUUGUUCCACGACGGCUGGGUCAUCAAGGAAUCCGGGAUCUUAGCGCUGGGCGCGGUGGCCGACGGCUGCAUGGGCGGCAUGGUGCCUCAGUUGCCAGACCUGGUGCCGUACCUGGUGUGCUGCCUUGGCGAACGGAAGGCGUUGGUCCGUGCCAUCACCUGCUGGACGCUGUCGCGCUACUCGCACUGGAUCGUGUCGCAGUCGCACGACCUCUACUUGCGGCCCGUCAUGGCAGAGCUUUUAAAACGCGUCUUAGACAACAACAAGCGUGUACAAGAAGCUGCGUGCUCAGCGUUUGCCACUUUAGAAGAGGAGGCGUGUACGGAACUCGUGCCGUACUUGGGCCACAUCCUACAGACCCUCGUGUCGGCCUUCAGCAGAUACCAGCACAAGAACCUGUUGAUACUGUACGACGCUAUAGGCACGCUAGCGGACUCCGUGGGCCACCAUUUAAACAAGCAAGAGUACAUCAACUUGUUAAUGCCACCUCUAAUAACCAAAUGGAAUGUUUUAAAGGACGAAGACAAAGACCUCUUCCCACUUUUAGAGUGUUUGUCAUCGGUAGCUACAGCGCUUCAAUCAGGAUUUCUGCCAUACUGCGAACCAGUUUUCAAGCGAUGUGUAUCACUCAUAGAACAGACAUUAAAUCAAAACAUUGCCAACACACAAAGUCCAGAGCAGUUCGAGGCGCCGGACAAGGACUUCAUGAUAGUCGCGCUGGACUUACUGAGUGGACUCGCGGAAGGCCUGGACGGACAUAUAAACCAUUUAGUGCUCAACUCAAACCUCAUGCAACUCUUAUAUCAGUGCAUGCAGGAUCCUAUGCCUGAGGUGCGUCAGUCGUCGUUUGCUCUGCUAGGAGACCUGACGAAAGCGUGCUUCCAGCAUGUCUUGCCGUACAUCCCAGAGUUUCUGCCCAUCUUGGGCAUGAAUCUUAAUCCAGAACUCAUAUCCGUCUGUAACAACGCCACGUGGGCGAUCGGCGAAAUUAGCAUUAAAUUAGGUCCUGACACAUCAAAAUAUAUCCCUCUAGUACUAAGCCACUUAGUAGAAAUUAUCAACAGGCCGAGUACUCCGAAAACACUAUUAGAAAACACAGCGAUUACUAUCGGUCGGCUAGGUUAUGUGUGCCCCCACGACGUCGCACCCGUUUUACAUCAAUUUGUACGCCAGUGGUGUACGUCGCUGCGGAAUAUCCGCGACAACGACGAGAAGGACUCCGCCUUCCGCGGCAUCUGCCAGAUGAUCCAGGUGAACCCGGGCGGCGUAGUGCCCGACUUCAUGUACUUCUGCGAUGCGGUGGCGUCGUGGUCGCACCCCAAGGACGACCUCAAGGAGAUGUUCAUAAAGAUCCUGCACGGGUUCAAGGCGCAAGUGGGCGACGACAACUGGCGCCGAUUCGCCGACCAGUUUCCCGUGCAACUCAGCGCGCGCCUCUCCGCCAUGUGCGGUAUAUAGGCGCCCCAGGGGGGCACUAUGGGGAACCAAUGUCAGCAUGGGUCGGGAAGACAUUGACGGCGACAGCUCUCGUGCCAACGCCCGGCACGCCCCGCCACUCCACUCCAGUACCUGAGCCGCUCACUCGACAAGACUCACUUAUAUUAAGUGACACACUAACAUAUAUAUUGACAACGCUCAGGCAUCCGUUGAAUGCGCACCGAGGCUCGCUGGGGACAGGGUCGGCACGGGCGGGGCAGGGCGGUGCGCGAGGGUCGCGCACGUAGCAUCGUGGGGCGCUAGGCUUAAUUGUUAGUGAACGUGUACCAUAAAAAUUGUAGGUACUCGACGGCAAGCGAAACUUAAAACGGAGCGUUUAGCGAGCUUAAUACUACGAGAGCGCUUUGUAUUGCUAAUAAAAGGGUUUUAAACUUUACUAAAAUACUAGAUAUACAAUCCCAUAAAAAACUUACAUAAACUAUUCAUUAUUUCAUAUGUCGGACUUUAUAAACGCACUUUGGUUUUCCCACUAGAAAACAAUCUGACGUAGGUCUUCAAUUUGUUUUUCUUAAUAAUGGCCACUUUUUUGACACUGAUAGCAUGUCUAGUUUAUUAGCGAAGUUUAUGUUAUUUACGAGUACCGCAGAUUGUUUAUCCAUCGAUAUGUCAUUCGACUUCACUGCAGGCAAAGAGACGUAGAAUAUGGUGAGACUUUACGACUGCUUUAAGAUCGCCGUUAUAUAAACUCUCUUCUAUGCACUCUGUUUGACCUAUUCCUACCGAGAUGCUUCUUAAGCUGGCUAAGCGGACUCCGUAUAACGGCUCCGAUCCACUUGCAGUCGAGCACCAGCACAAAUCUGGCACCGCAUGCUUGCGUGCCGCUUAUACGUUAUAGGACAUGUGCAGUUAUCGCCAGUACGCCUAGUUCACGCGCCGCCAAUUCGUGGUGCUGUCGAAUACGGUCGAUCUAGGGUGUGAUCAAAUUGCAGCAAUAAUGUAUCCAACAAUAUCCGUAGAGAAUACGUACAACUUAGUAUAUUCAAGACAAAGGCGCCUCAUCAUUGCUUUCCAUCAGGCAUAGUUGUCCAGAAGCGCAACGCCUUUCUGCAAUAAAGAAAGUGGCUUUACUUUUUCGUUUAAAAGUUCGUUUUAAGGUUCAAUCAACUACCGCCACAUAGUCCAUUAAUGUGUUAGAUUUAUCGCGUCUAAAAUGUUAGAGAGGUAAAGAAUUAUGUGAGAUAUAUUCACUUAAAAUUUGCUGGCUUUAUUUUCGCGUGAAAUGUACGUACUUAAUAUUGACGCGUACAAUUUGGUCACACAUGAUUUCUGGCGCACAUAUAGGCGGACUGCAGUGCAAUUACAAAAUAUGCCGGUUUCGUAUAUUUUUUUGUGACCGGACUGGUAUGCAUAACGGCAAUGAAUGUAUGAAAUCGAUUUACGUUCGUACUACAAGUAUUGCAGUACAGCCCGCCUAUAAAUGCGCUCUAAUUGUUCUUACGCAAACCUUAGAAUAGCCGUAGUUUGUACUCGGAAGUGAGUGUGGUUAAUUAUUUUUUGAAAUUGGUUUUUGACACGGACAUUUUUCACGACAACACUCAAAAAAAAA